AUGUAUGUGAAAUGAAUUGAUACAGUAAUGUUUUACUAUGUGAUUUUAGUGUAUUUAGUGAAUGUCACUUUUUGUCAUUUUCAAAUUUCCCGCCGCUCCGUCCCCCGUACGUCCCGACGCUCGCAGGGGACGGAACACAGAUGACAGAUGCCGGCAUCCGCCGGAUUACAUUGCCGGGGACACUAUAGGAGGGACAUCGCUGGAGCACAGGACAAGGUAAGUGAAGAACAGAUCCCGGAGCAGCGCCGUAUGGUAUUCCCGAGUGUAGCUCGGGGUUACCGCUUGUGCUACACUCAGGAAUACCGUCAGGGAGGCUAC